UAUCGCAACCUCAGAGGUUUCAGGGGGGUCUGUGGGUUUAGUUUGCAUUUGCAUUGCGCAAAGUGCAAAAUCUCAUCAGAAAAAAGAGGUGUCAUCAUGUCGUUUUGGAGCCACGUACUGGAUGCCCUGUUGGCACUGGCCCACAUCCUCAGCGAUCGCCUGCUGGAGUUCGUUUUGGGAUGGUAUCUGGGUGACCACAAACGGGUUGCGGGUCCGCCAAGUUUGGAACAGCAGUCGCUGCUGACCAAAAGCGCCGUGGAGUUGGCCCAACAGAUACGGGAACGUAAGCUGCGGAGUUACGACAUCGUAAAGGCCUAUUGUGAACGGAUCGAGAGUGUUAACCGGGAUCUGAAUGCCGUGGUGGAUGGUCCAUUUCCGGAAGCCUUGGAACAGGCGCGCGAAAUCGACCGGAAGUUGGCCAAAAAGGAGUACAGAGAGGACUUCCGGCGUAAGCCCUUCCUGGGUGUACCAUUCUCCACCAAGGAUAGUACCGCUGUGGCCGGGAAGCUCCAUACCUUGGGUUUGGUAUCCCGGAAAACUGAACGUUCGACGGAGGAUGCCGAAUGCGUUCGCUUGAUGAAGGAAAGCGGUGCCAUCAUCAUCGCCACCAGCAAUGUUCCGGAGGUCAACAAGUGGAUUGAGUCGAGGAAUAUGCUUAUUGGUGGAACCAACAAUCCUUAUGAUCUCCGACGGUCUGUGGGUGGGUCUUCGGGUGGAGAAGCCGCUCUGAUCGCCGCCUGCUGUACGGGCUUUGGCUUGGGAACCGAUAUCGGUGGUUCCAUACGUAUACCAGCCUUUAAUUGCGGUGUCUUUGGGCACAAACCCACUUCCGGAGCAGUAAAUAUGGCUGGUUGCACCUUUAGAACCGGCAAGGAAAAGGACACAAUGGUUUGCGCCGGUCCCAUGAGCCGUUACGCCCGGGUACUGCCCAUGAUGCAGGUUCUUGUGGAACCCUCGCUUAAACCCAAGCUGAAACUGGAUGAGCAGGUGGAUCUGAAGCGUCUGCGGUACUUCUAUGUGUCCUCCAAUGGCAUGGCUCAGUGCAAUCCUAUAACCGGGAAACUGAAAGAUAUGUACAAGAUACGUAAACAUUUUGAGAGCCUGUGUGGCAAAGAUGUGCGACAUGCCAACAUACCCAAUACCCAGUUGACCGGCAAGAUGUGGCGCUAUUGGAUGACCCAGGAGCCGGCCAACUUUAAUCUCUUGCUGGGAAACGGCGCCGAACUCAAUCCGUUCGUGGAGCUCUUCAAGAAGAUCCUGGGACAGAGUGACUAUAGUAUGGCCGCCAUCUAUGGGCUGAUCGACAGUGUGCUGCCCAAGGAAAAGGAGAAGCUGAUGCGGGAGGCCACGGCAAAGUGCAGGAAAUCAGUCCAGGAUUUGCUCGGCGAUGAUGGGGUUCUGUUCUUCCACAGUUCUCGGACAGCGCCCUUCCACUUCUAUCCGCUGAUCAAGUUCAAUGAUUUCGCCUACUUCAGCCUGUUCAAUGUGCUCCAUCUGCCGGCCACUCAGGUGCCCAUGGGUCUCGACUCGAAAGGCAUGCCCCUGGGCAUCCAGGUGGUGGCCAAUCCGAAUAACGAUCGUCUUUGUCUGGCGGUUGCCGAGGAACUGGAGCGGACCUUUGGCGGCUGGGUGCCUCCAUUCCCCCUGAAACAAUAGAUGUCCUAUAUGAUCAAAUAUUAGUUUAAGUAAUUUAGGUGUCGGUAACGCUGGAGACUGUCGCUUGUGGCCUUUGUUACAGGAAUUUAAUAAAAUAUACUCCUCUUUUUAUGAA